GCCGGAGCCGGGCGGCAGCCGGGCGGCGGGGGGCAGCGCAGGCUUGGGGCGCGCCCGGCUGCGGCUUUAAGAGCGGGGGCGGGCUGUGCGCGGAGCCGCGGCGCGGGCGGGUUUCUUCUCGCCGGCCGCGGAUCCAUUGAGAAAUCGCUGGCGGCUGCAGGAGCCGCGCUGGGCGCGCACGUGUGGCGGCGGCCGGGAGCGGGACGGGGACGGGGACCGGGGCCGGGGCGGGCCCGGCUCUGUGAGCGGCGGCGGCGCGGAGGAGGGCGCAGCCUGCGCGGCCCUGCGCGGCCGCGGCCCCCGGCGGGGCGCUCGGCGCUGCGGGUGUGCAUGGCCGUGUGCGUGCGGCCAUGGCUGCGUGAUGGCCCAGCGCGGCCAGCCCGCACCGCACGCCAUGGCUGCCAAAGAGGAGCUGUACAGCAAAGUCAUCCCCCGGCGGAACCGGCAGCACCGCGCUGGCACCAUCAAACAUGGCUCGUCGCUGGAGAUCCUGCUGUCAAUGGGCUUCCCGAAAGCCAGGGCACAAAAAGCCUUGGCAUCCACAGGUGGAAGAAGUGUUCAAGCAGCAUGCGACUGGUUGGCUGUUCUCCCACGUGGGUGACCCAUUCCUUGACGACACCCUGCCUCGGGAGUACGUCCUUUACCUGCGCCCCACCGGACCCUUGGCUCAGAAGUUGUCUGAAUUCUGGCAACAGUCAAAACAGAUCUGUGGGAAGAACAAGGCUCAUAACAUUUUCCCACACAUCACCCUUUGCCAGUUCUUUAUGUGUGAAGACAGCAAGGUCGAUGCUCUCACUGAAGCUCUGCAGGCCACUGUGAUACGAUGGAAAUGCAAAUUCCCUGCCCCUCUGCCUUUGGAGCUCUACACAUCCUCAAACUUCAUUGGGCUUUUUGUCAAGGAAGAAAGCGCUGAGGUGCUCAAGAAGUUUGCUGCAGACUUUGCAGCAGAGGCUGCUUCUAAAGCAGAUGUUCAUGUAGAGCCCCAUAAGAAGCAGCUCCACGUGACGCUAGCGUAUCACUUCCAAGCCAGCCACCUGCCCACGCUGGAGAAGUUAGCACAGAACAUUGAUGUCAAGCUAGGCUGUGACUGGGUUGCUGCGAUAUUCUCCCGCGAUAUACGCUUCGUUAAUCACGAGACUCUGCAAGUGAUCUAUCCUUACACUCCCCAGAAUGACGAUGAACUCGAGCUGGUCCCAGGGGAUUUUAUUUUCAUGUCCCCAGUGGAACAAACCAGUACAAGUGAGGGCUGGAUUUAUGGCAUUUCCCUUGCAACUGGCUGUUCUGGGCUACUGCCUGAAAAUUACAUCACGAAGGCGGAUGAAUGUGGGACCUGGGUGUUUCAUGGGUCAUACUCAAUUCUGAAUACUACACUGUCCCCAUCUCUUCAAGCCUUCAGUGAUGGAGCCCUGGAAAGAAGACAGCAGGAAGACCAAGGACCAGGGGAUGCAGGGCCACUCACUAUCAUCUGCCAGAAUGUGCAGACCCUGAGAAUAACCAGUCAACCAGGGCCUCAGAAACGCUGCCUUUUUGUCUGCAGACACGGGGAGAGAAUGGAUGUUGUUUUUGGGAAGUACUGGUUGUCACAGUGCUUUGAUGCCAAAGGAAGGUAUAUGCGUAGUAACCUGAACAUGCCUCACAGCUUACCUCAAAGAAGUGGUGGUUUCAGGGAUUAUGAAAAAGAUGCACCAAUCACUGUGCUUGGCUGUACGCAAGCAAGACUUGUUGGUGAAGCCUUGCUAGAAACUAACACCACUGUAGACUACAUCUACAGCUCCCCAUCCCUACGGUGUGUACAGACAGCACACUAUAUCCUGAAAGGUAUGCAACAAGAGAACAACCUGAAAAUUCGAGUAGAGCCAGGCUUGUUCGAAUGGACCAAGUGGGUCUCUGGUAACACACUACCUGCCUGGAUACCCCCUGUGGAUUUAGCUGCAGCUACUCUAAGUGUUGAUACAACCUACAGACCUCAUAUUCCUGUCAGCAAGUUAGUGGUUUCAGAAUCUUAUGAUACAUACAUAAGCAGAAGCUACCAAGUAACAAAAGAAAUCAUCAGUGAAUGUAAAGGCAAAGGAAAUAACAUUCUGAUAGUGGCACACGCGUCCUCUCUGGAGGCUUGUACCUGCCAGCUCCAAGGGCUCUCGCCGCAGAACUCCAAGGACUUUGUACAGAUGGUCCGAAAGAUUCCAUACCUGGGGUUCUGUUCGUGCGAAGAACUGGGAGAUACAGGUGUUUGGCAGCUUACAGACCCCCCCAUCCUCCCUCUCACACAUGGACCAACUGGAGGCUUUAACUGGAGAGAAACGUUAUUACAAGAAUAGGCAAAGCUACAUGACCAAGCAAACCAAUGGCCUUUCCAAGCACUGGAGAAUGUCUCUUCUUUCUUGUGUUUAUUGACAGUGGAAAAAUAGUUAUCAUAUGUUAAGUGGAUCACACAAAAAGCUGUUCUAGCAUAUCUCUUACACAGCCAUAGUCAUGCAAAACUUCUCAUAUUCAACUAGGCAAAUACAAAAGAGCCUGAUUUGGGGGAGGAAAUACUAAAAUAUAGAUUCAAGCUCUUGCACUGCAGGGAAUCUCUGUUUAGUCAGCAGCUCGGGUAGAUUUUUUCCACCUUGAAUGGAGCUCUGAUAAUACCAGUAACUUUCACUGCCUUCUGCACCAUGACAGUAACUACUAACACUGUGUGAAAGUUGAGCAUUCAGGAUGUUUUCCUCAUUGCUGUUUUUUGCAAAGCAUUAACAGGCUUGUUCAGGUCCAUGUGUUGAUACCUUCCUCACAAGCAACCCCCAAACUCUCGUCACCUUUCAUAAAGCUUAUCAUCACUCGCUGGAAAAAUGAGAGUUCAGCAUUCCCUCCCUAGGCAGCAUCAGAUCAUUCUUCUCCUCUGUUUCAGCACUGUAUUAGGUGCCUGUGUAACUACCCUGUUGAGCACGUUGUGGAUGCUAAGACUGUUUGAUGCUAAUCUGCAUCAGAGGAGAAUUCUGAAUUUCACAAGAGUUACAGAUGAAGUUUGCACAUCAAAAGACAGCACUGUUGUGAAUGAAGACCAGGAGCAGUUUCUCUUGAGCAGAAAUGAAACAAGCCUUUUCCAGCCAAACCUGAAGUGUUUAGAAAGGCUUUUCUUUAUUCAGAUUAUUGAAAUCCACCCUCGUGCACCGACCAGCCUGAAGUGUUUCUGUCAUUUAAAUCCCCUCAGAAGACCUUCAAGAAGGGUUUUCCCUCUUGCACUGAGAUUUUGUGCUGGUCAUAUACACAGUGGUGGCUUUCUGUCCCUUGUGAGCUUUUCUCUCAGCCCUGGGGAGGUUCUGCAGUAAGCAGCUUUCACCAGGGGGUAAUGACUAAGUCAAAAAGAUAUGCUGAACUUCAGCCUUGGCUGAAUGUUUUGCUUCCUUCUCUUUAAUUCCUAAGUGCCAUCUGUCAUAUAGACAAAGCAGAGCUGAAAAAAAAGAAGUACACUGUAAUUUAAAAGCAACAUGCUUUGACCUAUUAAGAUGCUAUUUAUCCAGUGGGAGGAGGGUUAAGUUUUGGGGAGAAUGGAAAGAGAAGGGUUUCCAUCUGGAGCUAAAAAUCUUUAAAAUCACAAGAACUGCUGUGGCAGGCAGAACAGUGGUCCUCUUAGUCCAACUGCCUGCUCCUGCCAGAUGCCAAUGCCAGCUGCUCCAGAGGAGAAUGCAAAAACUCUGCAGUGGGUAGCUUAUGGUAUAAGCUGGUCUCCGGGCAGGUUUCUCUGAAACACAAUUAUCUGAAAUCUUCCGCCCUGGAUCAUGAAGUUCCUGCAGCCAUUUGUACUGGUCUUAAUUAGUGUAGACUCGCUUUAGGAAGGUACUUAUAAAUCUGCUUAAAUGGAAUGAAAGAGCAUUUAGGUAUGGCUUGGGCCAUAAUUCUGAGUACUCCCAUAAAUCAUAUCAAACAAAAGUUCAGAAGUACCACAAAAAAAUUCUGGCAUCCUAGGAUACCUCUCUCCUUCCCAAUUUUCCCUCUGCAGAAAGUGUUAUUAUCCUUAUUUGAAAGGUUUAUAUGGCACAGAAGUUUAUACUGGCCAAUUUUCACAAAUGCUUGUUAUUCAUAGCAAAGUCCAGGUUUGAUUUGGGGUUAGUUUCUUUUAACCUAUCAAGCCUUUGGAAGGACUCGUGUUACCUUCAGUAGGAUAUGAUCCAGCUACACAUUCAACACUCAGAACAAACAAGAGGUGAUAAACUGCAAUCCCUCAUUCUUAAAUGAGGUAAAACACUCACCAGCUCCAAUGUACCAAAUCUUAAAGGGUCUUAGCUCAGCUUUGUCCUACAGUUUUAACUUGCUAUAUGAUCGUGAGCUUGCCAGGGAAGUACAGCAGAUACUGUACAGAUCUUGAGUCAGAAGACAGAUCAUCCUGUGCAAUAUGUACACUGACAUGAUUCAUAACAGUAGUCCAUUAUUUAUACAUUUAUGACUAUGUAAUACACAGUAGGCCAUUCAUAAGUGCAUUAUUAUACCAGGGACAUAUACUGAAAAGUCAGGGAGAUAACUUAAGAGAUGACAGAAAGAAACUGCUCCUGUGCAGUUAUACUGCUGUCACAUUCAUUUUUAACUAUAAUUUAAACUAUUUUCAGCUGUGUACAGACAUUCUGAAGGGCAUUUCUGGCCUGUUUUCCUCCAUGCUUACUCACUGCAAAUUUGCAAAGUUCCUUUAAAACUAAACAGAUGACAAUCACACCAAAACUAAUUUGCUUACUGAUGUAUGCAUAACUCUCUGGCUGGCUUACUGUUUCAUGCCAUGGGCCAGCAAGAUGUAACUUUGGGUAGGAAAUACUGCAUAUAGAAAACAGUAGAGGCUGCUCAGGUUCCACUGCAGGUAAGCAACAUUAGAACUAAUUUAUAUAGGCAAAAGCAUGGAACAGAGAGGGGACAAAACCCAGAUGCACAUAAUUUGAAUAUUGUACCAGCUGAUCUUUGCAUAUAAUAAGCAUUAUAGAAAAAAAAGUGUUCUGUUUGAGAAGAUAGAAGACAUUAGAAUAGUCUCUUCUUAAAAAAGUAUAUUUUUGGAUGUUUGGGAAAGUAUUUUGACAAUUGUCUUAUCUCAUAUUAGAUUUUUAAGGUGUCAAGAAUCUCAGAAAGAAAAUCUUAUUUUCUUUGAGCAUUUUGAUUUCCCUUAGGGGUUUUGUGUUAAGUAAUCUCAUGCUCAUGAGGCUCAUUGGGGAAAAAAGGAAAAAAGAUGUUCCUUUGAAGCUUCCCAUUUGAAUGUUAAAAAUAUAAAGGGAUUGCUGCUUCACUUUUAUUCCAUUGCUGCUCAUUAACAUAUUUAACCUACCUUGAGUGUUUUCUCCCAGAAGAACAUUAGGCUUGCCCUAUCUAAAAUGAGUGUAAGUCUUUUCCUUAUCUUCACUGUGAGCUGCAUCAUAUCCCAACAGUCUAAUUACAGUAUGGAAGGCAAAUUACAGUUGCUAAAUUUUUCCCUCUCUUCCCAAUUAAGGAAUAAAGCUGCAAAUAUGCCAAGAGUAAAAUAUUCUUCCAGAUUUCCAGAAACUCUAACUUCAGGGUUGGGUUAGAAAAUAUAAGAAUCAACAGUCAAAUUCUAGCACAGCAAUAGCUGAAGGAAUGACAUGCAGAAACCAGAAAAAGCAAAAAUAAGGUAUUUGAAAAUGAUCCCUUACGUGAUCCAAGAGUUUGACUAGGCCCUGUAUCCCCUGGGCAGUAAGGUAAGUACACUCUGGCCUUCAACUGAACCUUUUGCCCAAUCUUCCUACACUGAAGUGGACUGGAGUGGAUCGCGGCACGCAACAACCCUCAUGACUUGAGCAAGGUGCUGUGUCAGUCUCCGUCUGUGGACACCUUGCUAGUUUAAUCAUGAAUUUUCCUUACAUUUAGUGCAGUGGUAGCAACAGCCAAAUGCUUAAAUCUUUUGAGCAUGGCGACAGGCUCUCAGCUAAUGUAAACUGACACUCUUUACUGAAAUCAAUAGAGCCUGUUUUGACAAACUAAGGAGCCAGGACAUAACUUCAGGAAAAACAUCUUAUCUUUUUACUCAGUCUGAGCAAUUUUAGAAAGAAUACCCAGCUGAUGAUAUCAGUUUCCUUUUCUCCUCUGUUGUUAGUUUCUAGUAUUAAUAUUAAGUGAUAAUCUACAUAACCAAAGAAAUGGUUGGUGAAAAGUUUUACGUGAAUUAUUCUUAGCAAAGACAACACAAGUAGUAAUUCUCCAAAACCAAGAGGACAGAAGGGAGUCUAGAGUACUGUUUUCCUGUGCAUUAUUCUGUGUCCACAACCCUGAAUCCCCCAGGCAGCAAUAUCUUAGGCACUCGAGUGUUGUAAUCUUCAAUUGUGUACUACAUGCAGCUCUUGAAAAAAGGUCAGAGGAUGGGAAGGGUGGUUGUGGAUAGCAGUACGACCAGCUCAGCCUUUUCACUUAGCUACCUAUUCUGAUACUGCACUGGAGGUGAGGGGUUGUAGAUUUUUCCCUCUGAGUGCCUUAAGUUUCUUACCGAGGUGCGAUCCAAAGGCCAUGGAAGGAAAGAAAAAGAUUUACCAUGAUUUCCACAGGCUGGCGAUGAAGCUGCAUGAGGCCUGGUCCUACUGUGUGCUGCUAACCCCUAUCUACCUUGACUUAAAGAUGAAUUCAGAGGACUCUUUAUAUAAGAACAGGGUUGAGCCCUUCCAGUCCUGAUUUAAGAAAAUGCUUAAGCACAUACAUAAAUCCCACUGAUCUAAGCAGAAUACUUAUUUAGCACCAAAUCAGGAUGUACAUGAGCAUUAGGAUUACACUUGUCUUGUCUGGAAAAUCCCAGGGCUCCUUGUGCCUUGAUUUGAGGCACUAACUCAAAAACCUUGAUACCCUGCUGCUCAAAUGCAUAAUUUAGAGGAGAUGAUGAACUGCCUAUCUGAAUUUGUGCUAAGUAAUGAACAUACCUGAGUAGAGAUGAACUACAGUUCAUGUCUGCAUCAUUUUGAGCAGUGGCAAACAGUAUACACACUGCUGUGAACUUUACAUUUAAAAGGCAUUCCUAUAAAUGCAAAAAGAGUAUGGGAUGAAAAUAUAAAUAGUCAGCAUGGAGAAGUAAGGUGCGAUUUAAUGUCUGAUUAUAGUCAUGUUCAUUUCAAAAAGAGGGACGCUAGAUAGUUGAGUUAGGCCAUAGCCAAAUAGUUUUCAUAUUUAAGCUCAGAGCUGAAAAUAUAUUUGCAGUACUUCACAACUUAAAAAGUAUUGAAAGUCCAUAUGAAAACUGCUGUUUAUAAAAGGACGCUUAGUACUGCCAAAAAAAAAAAAAAAAAAAAGCCUAAAUGUAGAGGAAACUAUUCAAACUUUAUGUAUAUAUGUGAAAUUAUGGUGGUAGCAGACAUGGUUAAAAUAAUGAAUGAAUGAAAAAAUCAACCCAUAAGUGAGACAGGUUGCAUCCACUCUAAAUUGCUAUUUAGUUCCCACCACUUCCUCAAAUACACAUUUCCCCAGGGAAUAUUCACGAAACCUACAAGCAACAUAGUAGAAAAUACACAGCUAGUUCCUUUCUAUUAUUUCCCAUUAGAAGGUAUUUUCUGAAGUUCCUCCCUGUGGACAGUUCUUAAAACUUCAUGUUAACAACGGACACAUUUUUUUCAUUUUAAACCUGUUGUAUCAUUAUUAUGUUUUUUUAGUGUGAGCAGAUUGUAUUUAUUUGAGAAAAAUGUUUGCUGUUUAAAAAAACAAUAAUUGUAUUGCCAAAAAUAGCUGUAAUUACCUGUGACAUCUGUAUUUUUUUAUUUUGGGGUGUUGGUUGGUUGUUUUUAAUCUCAAUUUCAAAUGCUAACAACUGUUGAAACAACCACUGCAUUUUAAUUUGCUUACCACGUUAAAUGGACUUCUCAGAAGCCUGACAAAAAUGGCUCAUACAUGAUUUAAUAAAGAUGUCAUGCAUCCA